AUGGGUGUCUUGAGCUGCAUGAAGUACCUGAUGUUCAUCUUCAAUGUGCUGGUGUUUGCUGGGGGGCUGUGCCUGGCAGGUGUGGGGGUCUGGGUGGCCGUGGACCCGGCUGGUUUCCAGGACAUUGUGGCUGCCAAGCCUGUGCUGAGCGCCGCUGCCUACCUGCUGCUGGCCGUGGGUGUUGCCCUCUCCCUGCUGGGCUUCCUGGGCUGCUGCGGAGCCCUGCGCCGGAGCCGCCCCCUGCUGCUGCUGUUCUUCAUCCUGGUGAGCCUCGUCUUCGUCACGCAGCUGGUUGGGGCUCUUCUCUUCCUGCUGCACUGGAAGAAGACCCAGCCAGAGGUGUUCCUGUCCGAGCUGAGGAGGAACUACCACGGGGAUGAGGGUGCUGAGGUCUUCUCCACAGCCUGGAACACCCUCAUGGUCACAUUCUCCUGCUGUGGGGUUUUAGGACCUGAGGACUUUGGGAAUGGUUCCCUCUUCCAGGAGCUGCACCCAGGGAUGCCCUGGCCGCAGGCAUGCUGUGCCCGGGAUGGGCUCCUGCAGGCAGGAGAGCUGCUGGGCUGGCAGCAGUGCCAGGAGAGGAGCCCUGGCUACAUCCAUGAACAGGGCUGCUUCUCCACCUUUGGCAGGACCCUGCAGGGGUACAUCUCUGUCCCUGGGACCUGCAGCUUGGCUGUGCUGGGCAUCGAGAUCUUUGCCAUGUUCUUUGCCUUCUGCCUUUAUUACAACUUCGACUGA